AUGGCCAGUGAAGAUAUAAAGUCAGAAGUGCCCCCAGUGGCGUCUGAUAAUUCACAGAAAAGAGACAACUCACAUCUCGACAAACCAAAAAAGCAGAAAGUGCAUAAACGAAAACUCAAGAAGAUGCUUGCAAAACCUACCAUACAAAACAUAGAAGCACCUGUUCCCCUUCCAGCCAUCAGAAAACUUGUCAUUGAGUUGGCAGAAGGAGUGAGUCAGAAGCACCAGAAGCGGAUUCAGGUGAAGGAAGCUGAAAAGGUGCCUAAUACUGUUGUUUGUCUUGUUCCUGGUCUUCUUAACAGUGACUUCCAUGCAGAGAAAGCUACUGGAACCCAAGCACUUGGAAAAGCGAAGGAAGAUGAAAAGCUUACAUUCUUUUGGAAUACUUUCCCAGAAGUGGUGCCAUUGACGUACCCUGGAAAGGCUAACGAGGUGUUCUCUCCACAGCGUACGUUGGUGAACAGAGAGAUUGAGAAGUCCGUCAAAAGGAAACUUCUUGAGCAUCUGGCGAACACGGCUAUAAAACUUGAUGAUCUUCUUAUCAAGAUGCCUGACUGGAUGGAUCACGAUUAUAAGUUUUUCCCUGGAUCAGGCCAAACUGUACCUGAGGAUUGGUAUGAGACGGUUGAGCUCAACCAAGGCGAACCCAAGGUGUAUGCGCUAGAUUGUGAAUUCUGUCAAACUAAGGCAGGAAGCCAGUUGGCGAGGAUUUCUGUUGUAGACUACGACAAUAACGUUGUUUACGAUGAGUAUGUCAAGCCAGAGGCGGAGAUAAUUGACUACAAAACGAAGUUCUCUGGAAUCACUGAAGAACUCAUGGUGAACGCUUCUACCACAGAGAAGGAUGUUCGUGAAAAGCUCCGUCUGUUGAUUUCGGCGUCGGAUUUCCUUGUCGGCCACUCGUUGCUGUUUGAUCUCAAUGUCUUGAAGAUGUCCCAUUCUAAGAUCAUCGACACUUGUACUAUCUACGAUCAUCCUCGUAAAAAGCCAUUUAAAGCAAGCCUCAAAUGGUUGAGUGAGACUUAUCUUGAUAGAAAGAUCCAAAAGGGGGAGGAAAACAAUGCUGGUCAUUCUUCAGUGGAAGACUGCAUUGCAUGUUUAGACUUGUUGAAGUUGAAGUUGUCGAAAGGUAUGCUAUUCGGACAAGAACCUGAUGAAGAACCAAUCUCUGUCGCUCUUAACACGGAAGCAGAGAAACCUGUUGCAUUGGUUGAUACUCUGAUGUCCGAUUGGCGGAUUGCCAAUACUUCGGCCCAUACAUUGCAUCAGUACUUGGUUGAAAAUGACGAUGAGGCUGUGAAGCAGAUUGCCGAUGCUAUCAAGGUUAGCAAAACAGUCUUCUGUAAGCUUUCCGAGUAUCCACAAGGCGGAAACGACGACGAGAAACUGAAACUUAACACAAGACUUCAGAGUAUCUGGCAGACGUUGCCAGAAAAUAGUAUAUUUAUCGUUGUUUGCGGAACAGUUGUUGAUCCAGAGAUCGAUACUCUCCAAAGAGUCAAGCUGAAGUUCAACUGGAUGCAAAAGCAAGGUAUGAAAGUAACGGAUCCCGAACAAGUAUGGGACUUCGAUAAGGCUGCCAAGCUCAAGAGUCUGGUAGCGAAAGCCAAAGAGUCCGCCUGUUUCCUUGCCGUGAAGGCUUCUUAA